AUGGUGGUGAUGGUGGUGGUGGUGAUGGUGGUAAUGGUGGGGUUGGUGUUGGUGUUGGUUGUGAUAUUGGUAAUAGUAAUGGUGUUGGUGGGGGUAGUGCUGGUGAUAGUGAUGGUGGUGAUGCAGCUGGGUGCCGCGGCUGGAGGCCCGCUGCUGCUGUGCGCCGCGCUGCUGGCUGUGGGCUGCGCACUGGGCCUGCGCCUGGCGCAGGCUGCGGACCGCGGGGCGCUAGCCUGGCUCUGCUUCGACGCCCUGGUGCACUUCGCACUGGAAGGCCCUUUUGUCUACUUGUCUUUGGUAGGAAACAUCACAGAUUCUGAUGCCUUGAUCGCUUCAUUGUGGAAAGAAUAUGGCAAAGCUGACGCAAGAUGGCUUUAUUUGGAUCCAACCAUUGUGUCUUUGGAAAUUCUGACUGUCGUUCUGGGUGGGUUUCUGGCAUUGGUUCUCAUUUAUGCCAUCGUCAAAGAGAAACAUUAUCGGCAUUUCAUACAGAUCACCCUGUGCGUGUGUGAAUUGUAUGGCGGGUGGAUGACCUUCUGCCCAGACUGGCUUAUGGGAAGCCCCAACCUCAACACCAACAAUUGGCUCUACUUUUGGGUCUAUCUGGUAUUUUUCAAUGGUGUUUGGGUUCUGAUCCCAGGACUGUUACUGUGGCAGUCAUGGGUAGAACUCAAGAAAAUGCAUCACAAAGGAUUCAAUUCAGGCAAAAAGUUUCAGUGAAUUUUCAAAAUCAUAAACACCAUCAGCGUGCUUUAUGAGCCAGAAUGAAUCAAACCUCUUUGUUGGGCCAAAAUGUAAUACAUUCCAGUCUAUACUUUUCUUUUAUAUUGUCAUUCUUG